AUGAAAGUCCUGUUCGUGUGUCUGAUGUUCGUAGCGGCAGCCGUCCAGGCGGUGCCAGCCCGCGACCUGCCACGACUGCCGGAGCGGCGCUCCGACGUGAGGUCGCUGAAGCCCAAGGACGCGCUGCUCCUGCCAAGGCAGCACAGCGAGAAAGAUGAGGCCGACUCGGCGGGGAAGCAGCCGCGCAUCAUCUACGGCAAGCAGGCGGAGGAGGGCCAGUUCCCGUGGAUGGCGUCCCUGCGGCUCGACUACGUCGCCUUCUGCGGCGGCUCGCUCAUCACGCAGCAGUGCGUCCUCACAGCGGGCCACUGCGCCGACGGGGUGACGCAAUUCGCGAUCAACCUGGGCACUAUCUCAUCGGACUUAUAUCCUGAGGACGCGCUCUCGCUGGUGUCUGUAGACGCCGUCGUACAUCCCGACUACUCGUCCGAUGGCAGCACCACCACUUCUGACGUCGCCGUUGUGCGUCUUUCUGAAAUGGUUACGCUUACAGCCUUAACACCAUUUACCACGUAA